AGGUGAGCGCUCGUGCUGUUCGGUUUGGUUUCUUUUGGCUUGGCUACACGCACUCAAAUACACACACAGAAACACACAUAUAUAUGUGUAUGUAUAUAUACAUAUAUAUAGAGAGAUAUAGAGAUAUAUUGCCGCGUUGUUCCACUCCUCCUCACUGAAAGACCAAAGACGGCUGAGCUUGAAAUUGAAAUUCUUUUGUGUUCCCUGGCCCUGAAUCGUGUGCGCUCGCUCUGUUACGUGUUUCGAUCAAGUGCGGUGCAGAAAGCAAAUAAAAUUUGUAUACUCAAAAAAAGUUAAAAAAAAUAAUAAAGAAAACAUAAAAAAAAAAAACACCAACAAAAGGAGAAAAAAAACGUUAACAAGAAUCAUCGCUGCUGCCAAGUACAGCAGGCCAACAAACACACAAACAAACAACCAAACACACAGUUUAAAAAUGGAAUACCGGUGCUUAAGUAGAAGUUCUGUCAAACAUCUAACGGCACUCUGCGUCAUCAGCAUUGCACUCACCUGCGCCAAUGCGGCGCUGUGGCCCAGCUUUAGCAGCGGCAGCAGCAGCAGCAAAGCGGACGAUGCGCCGCCCAGUAAAUGCGUCGGCGCGCGUGGUCUGAAAUAUUUAUCUGGUGAUGCGUUGACAGAUUCACUAGACUGCCUGGGUCCCAAUAAUGCGCCAUAUCCAAGCGCGGCCGUUGCGCGUACAUUCUCCAAUUGGAACGGAAAUUCGCGACGUGGACGUCAAAGUAAAUUGCCCAGCACAUUGGAUCCAGCAAUAACCACGAGUGCACUGUUGAGGGCCUACGAUGAGGUAAACAAUGAGGCUAUCGGAAGCAGUCGUUAUGGUCGCUCGCUAAAGAACGCAUCGCCGGCACAACAGUGCAAGAGCGACACGCCAGCGCGACUCUGCAAGACGCGCUACAACACAACUGCACCCAUGUAUGGCGUUAGCUUGACCUCUGGUCAGCCCGUGACAAUUGUACAAAAAUUUCCCGAUCUUCUGCAACAGGUGGUCUUCGAGGUGUGCGAAUCCUCUGAAUGCGAUGUGGUGCGUGGCGAAUGCACGCAAACGUAUGUGCCUUAUUUAUUCCUGGUCAUACCCCUUGGACCAGUGACGCUCACUGGCCAGGAUUAUGUGCUCGUUGAGAGCGGUUGUGUGUGCAAACCGAAAUAUUCGACGGGCGCUGCUCAAGAGCCGAACAUGAUACCGUAAGUGGGAUGGAGAGUGUACUUGACACUGGUAUACAACAGCAACCAAAAGAACUGAGCGAGUUUAUGGGGAUGGAGCAGCUAAAUUUACUUAAAUUUGGAAUUAUUUUUUGUAGCAAAAUCGUAUUUUCAAUGGUUUUUAUAUGCUUUUCGUUUGUCUCUCUUCAUACACAUAAUGCUGUUAGAAUGAAAUAGGCUUUUGCUCGAAAAAUAAUACUUAAAUUAAGUUUUAAAUUAAAAUAAUUCGAAUAAAUUAUUUAAA